CAAGCUUUUGCUUUAAUGUGAUUUUGAUUCAGCUAUUUUCCCUUCAUAAAGAUCUCGAUUUCCCAUCAAGGUAAUGACAGAUAUUUUCCCCAGCCAGCUCCAUUUCACAAUUUGGGUCCCAAUCUGAUGAUCACAAUUCACAAGUCUCACCGUUACUCGCUCAUUCGUAACGCCCGUAUCUGAGCAACCACACCGGAGCCAAACCCAUAAAAAGAAUUACGCGCGCGAUGGGUUUCAGGGGAGGAGGCACUUUUUGGCCAAGAUCGUUUGUUUUGUUGCGGGGGAAAGUAUAAACGUUUCCCCUUCACCCUCGUCGCCGCCCUGAGAUAGAGACACCCCUCUUCUCCAAAACCUCCGCCCAAUCACCUCCUGCCACUUGUCCCUCAGCCUUCAAAUAACGCCGUCGACUCCGAGAGGCUACUAGCUCAUUUUAGCUAUGUCUACGUUCUCUCCAAUGAAGAAGAAGAAGAGAGACAAGUCGGACAACAACUACCUCAACGGCGUCGUUCUCCACAGCCCCAUUCUCCGGCGGCACAUCCGCCGCUACCGCCACCACAUCUUCCCGGUAAUCUCCGUCGUCUCCGGCUGCCUGCUUCUCUUCCUCGUCGCCUUCUCUCUCAUCGCUCGUUCGCCGCCUCUCCACCACCACGAUCACAUCUCGCUCCUGCGUUUCCACGCCUCCUCGGCUGAUAACGGCGUCGUCGAGGUCCAGUUGAACAAUGACGAGACGCCGGCGUUUCGUGUUCCGGAGAGUGGAGGGAGCUCAGUCCAACAUUUAUGGAGCGGAACGAAAUCGGAGCUGUUCUUUGGUUGUAGCAACGCCGGCGAUGAGUUUUUGACGGCCGAUGUGAAAACGCUUCCCAAUCGGUACUUGUUGAUUGCUACCAGUGGAGGCUUGAAUCAACAGAGAACAGGGAUAACAGAUGCUGUUGUUGCAGCUUAUAUUUUAAAUGCUACUCUUGUUGUUCCGAAGCUGGACCAUCAAUCAUUUUGGAAGGAUUCCAGCAACUUUGCUGAGAUCUUUGAUGUAGACUGGUUCAUAUCUUUUCUGUCAAAUGAUGUCAAAAUCAUUAAAAAGCUUCCAUCGAAGGGAGGGAAACCAAUGAGUCCAUAUACCAUGCGUGUCCCGAGGAAGUGUAAUGUGAAAUGCUACCUGAAUCGCGUAGUGCCUGUUCUUAAUAAAAAGCAUGCUGUUCAGCUCACAAAGUUUGAUUACAGGCUUUCAAAUAACCUGGAAUCACAUUUACAGAAGCUGAGAUGUAGGACUAAUUAUCACGCCUUGAAAUUUACUGACAAUAUUAAUGGAAUGGGGAGGAAGUUGGUUGAGAGAAUGAAGAUGAAAAACAAGCAUUUCAUUGCCCUGCAUUUGAGGUUUGAGCCGGAUAUGCUGGCAUUUUCUGGUUGUUAUUUUGGUGGGGGAGAAAAAGAAAGGAAUGAACUUGGUGCAAUUCGGAAAAGGUGGAAAACUCUACAUCCAACCAACCCUGACAAGGUACGAAGACGUGGUAGAUGCCCUCUAAGCCCAGGAGAAGUUGGUCUUAUGCUUAGAGCAUUGGGCUUCGGAAGUGAUGUUCACUUGUAUGUGGCAUCAGGUGAAGUAUAUAAAGGUGAAGAGACGUUGGCACCGCUGAAAGCACUUUUCCCAAACUUCCAUACAAAGGAGACUAUAGCAAGUAAGGAAGAGUUGGAACCAUUUUCUUCCUUCUCUUCUCGCAUGGCUGCACUAGAUUUCAUUGUCUGUGAUGAAAGUGAUGUCUUCGUCACCAACAAUAAUGGCAAUAUGGCUAGAAUAUUAGCUGGUCGAAGGAGAUACUUUGGGCAUAAACCAACAAUCCGUCCAAACACUAAGAAACUGUACAAGUUGUUCAUUAACCAAAAUAACAUGACAUGGGAGGAAUUUGCUUCCAGGGUUCGAACUAGUCAAAUUGGAUCCAUGGGAGAGCCAAAUGAGAAAAAGCCAGGCAAGGGUGAGUUCCAUGAAAAUCCAGCAGACUGCAUCUGUAACACAUCUAAUACAAAGUCCAAAGACGUCCGAAUUCCUCAAAUUGAAAUCAAUGAAGGCAGUAACAUCAGUAAGGAAGAUGAGACAAGUAAGGAUAGUGGUUAUGCGACAGAUGGGCACAUGACGGAUGACGAGCAAUUUUGGCCUGAGAUGGAUUAUGUGGAUACUGGAAACAAGUCUCUGGGAAAAGGGCCUAGUCAAAGAUUUUCGUAUCAGGGUCUUAAUUAUGAUCUGCCAGAACUUCUAGAGCUCUUUUCAGACUGAAUGGUGGAGACUGGAGACUGGAUUGCACAUUUUUUUGACUGAGCUUAUUCGGCUAAACGAUUCUUUUCCAAAGUCUGUGGUUCUUACUGUUGCCCAUUUUGAAGUUGCGACAACGACAAUGACAAAGCUGUUUGUACAUAAAGGCCUCAGCAGCUGAGCAGCUUCGGCUAGAGAUAAAGAUAUACAAGACUGUUCAGAUUUUGAACCUUGUACAUUAAACAAGCUUAAGGACAUUCUAUUACCUUUUUCUUUUUCUUUUUAGUGAUUUUUGCCGCAAGGAAGGAAUGUUUAUAUGACAGGAUAGGAAAAGAGGUUUAACAUCUCAUAGGAUUUUAGGCUAUACUUUCUGUUUAGUUUUCUAUUUAUUUCCGAAAUUCAAAUACACCAAUGUAAUAGUUCAUUUUGUUCAUAAAUUUCCAUGUAUUUGAAAGUGGUGCAAUAAAAUGAUCCAUCUUUUCUUCA